UGGUAAUUGAACAUUGCCAACGAUUAUUUGAGAGAAUGUGCCUCACGUUGUUUCUAGCCCUGAUCUCCGGCUCAGCAGAUGAAUACCAACCUACUUUAAGAUUGGAUGCAGCACUGCAAAUUCAUGCCCUAAAACAUUCAAGCAAAUGCGAUUUCAGACACCAUGAGUCUGAUGAUUCCUGCACCAGCGAAGUAGCCAUCACGCGCGACGCUCAACCAGCAGGGCAUAUCUGACAGAGCUUACACCUUCAAUGACUACAUCAACCCAUUAUCAGACGUACCACAAACUACUAUUGUUAGAAAGGCAACUCGUCGCGAUCCCCUUCCACAAGCACACUUAAUGGAGCUAUUUGAGAUAUCGGGGUCCCCCUCAGAGCCCAUCGGCUAUCCAAUGGAACAGAACACAAGCCCGGCAAGGACACGUCCUUGUGCCGCUUCGCCCGCUCCCAAGCGUCGAAGAACAUGCUAUGCCGAUGACUUCGCCUCCCAAGCAUCAUAUUUUGACGGAAGAUAUCGUCCUCCAUCGCCUCCCUACCAGGAUGCAACUCUUCAUCCGGAGCAUGCUUUGAUAUCGCCACUUGACUCGGCUGCGCUUUUGGUGGCGCUGCCCGCGCUCAUGCAGAACCGGGAAGCAAGAGAUUUAAGCCUACAGAUCUUGGCAGCCAGAUUGUCUCAGCCCGCAUCGAACUGAGCCGGUCCCUGGGGACUGGCUUUCCCUUCCGCCCCAUGGUGGCAUCUCCGAUCCGGGACCCUUAUCAAACGC